UAAUGCUACUCAAAGUAGGAAACGAGUUGGGCUUUAACCAAACAGGCCCCCUGAGAUUUUCGACAUUUGGGGGAAGGGUUUUUGCUUCGGCUUCAGCUCUCUUCACAAAAACCAGUGAACAGCUCCAUCCUACAGUCUCUGUAGCCGCACCAGUCGUCGAAGAAGAAGAAGAAGAAACAGAGCAACUUCUUCUUCUUCUUCUUUAUUCGUAGUCGAACUUCUAUCCGGUCCGAACCGGAUCGAUAGAUAAAACCGAACAAUGGCCACACUCGUCCCUCCCAUGGCCGCGCCGCCGCCGCCCGUGAUCCAGCCGGAGAAAGUCGAUUACCUGAACCUACCCUGCCCUAUUCCAUACGAAGAAAUCCAACGCGAAGCUCUCAUCUCCUUAAAGCCAGAACUGUUCGAGGGGAUGCGCUUUGAUUUUACCAAAGGACUCAGUCCGAGAUUCUCACUAAGUCACAGUGUAUUCAUGGGACCUACUGAGAUUCCUUCUCAGUCUCCUGAGGCCAUUAAGAUUCCAACUGCUCACUAUGAAUUUGGUGCUAACUUCAUGGACCCAAAGUUAAUGCUUUUUGGGAGAAUAAUGACAGAUGGGAGGCUGAAUGCACGAUUGAAGUGUGAUUUGUCUGAAAAUUUAACUCUGAAGGCAAAUGCUCAACUUACAAAUGAGCCACAUAUGUCGCAUGGCAUGUUCAAUUUUGAUUACAAGGGCAAAGACUAUAGGACUCAAUUUCAACUAGGGAAUGGUGCCUUAUUUGGAGCCAGUUACAUACAGAGUGUGACCCCGCAUUUAUCUUUGGGUGGUGAAGUAUUUUGGGCUGGUCAGCACAGGAAGUCGGGUAUUGGUUAUGCUGCUCGAUACAACACAGAUAAGAUGGUUUCCACUGCGCAAGUUGCAAGCACUGGAAUGGUUGCCUUGAGCUAUGUUCAAAAAGUAUCCGAAAAGGUUUCUUUGGCAUCAGAAUUCAUGUACAACUACCUGUCAAGGGAUGUCACGUCAAGCUUUGGCUAUGAUUACAUUCUCCGACAGUGCCGUCUUAGGGGAAAGAUUGAUUCCAAUGGCUGCACAUCUGCUUUUCUGGAAGAGCGGUUGAACAUGGGUCUUAAUUUUAUUCUUUCUGCUGAGAUAGAUCACAGGAAGAAAGACUAUAAAUUUGGGUUUGGGUUGACAGUUGGAGAAUAGGAUAGAAGGCUGGAAUGCUAUUCUCAAUUGGAUUAAAGCUCAUCAAUGUAAGUCACUCUGCACUGCAUUGAGUGUUGAUUAUUUUGUUCUGAUGUAGAUCAAAGAACCAGUUUUUUAUUUUAUCUGGAGUUGUCAUUAUUUGUGGGGCAGUACCAGCUGCUGCGACAAUUUUUAGCAUCCCUACAAGCUUUUUUUUUUUGCAACUUGGAACUUCUAUUUGUUUUCCCCAUUCAAGGCUGUAGAAUUCGUUAGAAUGGAAAUUGAGCUAUUUAUAAUUGAUGUCGGUUGCAUCAUUGUUAGGCCAGUUUACCAUCAGUAGCAUGUAUGAAAUGUCAAUAGUGGUGGAAGAAAGAUGUGGGAAACUAGAAAUUGCAACACUAAUAAAUUACCAGUCUCUGGCUGUUUCCCUGA